AUGAUCGAUACUCAUAAUGUCAUAGCGCAGUCAUUUCGAAGAGUUAAAGAAUUCUAUCAGUGUCAUCCAUCUGAGAUUUUCUCAUUGAAGUUGUAUUCGCAACGGAACGUUGAUCGAAGAAUGUACAGUGCUCCCUCUUGCGAUGAAGUUGCUGCUUUAAUUAUUGGUGAUUUUGAUUCGUCAGACCAUGGUCGUGACAUUAUUGUUCGAUCUACUGCUGGUCGGUUGCAACGUAUAUAUGAAACUCAUGCUCUAUAUUGGCCCUUACAGUAUCCUCUGUUGUUUCCAUAUGGUGAGGAUGGUUAUCAGUUGAACAUUGGUUAUCGAGGUCAACAUUCUGGAUAUGUUCCUGGAAGGAGAACAAGAGUUUCUCUCAGGGAAUUCAUAUGUUUUCGUCUACAGAUUAGGGAGCAUGAAGAUGGAAUUAUUCACAAGUGUAGGCGGUUGUUUCAACAAUUUGUUGUUGAUUGUUUCACGAUGAUUGAGUCCCAAAGGUUGUAUGAGAUUAGAAUGAAGAAAAGUACAAUUAGAGGAGAAGUUCUUCAAGGAAUAGAGGAGGCUAUGCGUCGUGGUGAUGAUGAGGCUUCUUCAAUUGGGCCACGAAUUAUUUUUCCUUCCUCCUUCACUGGUGGUAGACGUUAUAUGUUUAACCGUUGUCAGGAUGCCAUGGCAAUUUGUAAACAUUUUGGCUAUCCAGAUUUAUUCCUCACUAUUACAUGUAAUCCAAAUUGGCCUGAAUUCCAGCGGUUCACAGAGCGAGAGCGAAUUUCCAUCGCUGAUCGUCCUGAUAUCUCUUGUCGUAUUUUUCAUGCCAAGUUGAAGUGCCUCCUUAGCGAUCUCAAGGAAGGUGUGUUUUUUGGUCCACUUAAUGUAGGUAUGUAUACUAUUGAGUUCCAACAAAGAGGUCUACCUCAAGCACACAUGUUACUCUGGCUUAAUGGCGAAAGCAACUUACAAAGUGUUGAAAUUGUUGAUGAAUUCAUUUGUGCCGAGCUACCCAAUCCACAGAAAUUUCCAUCUCUUUAUAAUGUCGUUACCAAGUACAUGAUCUAUGGUCCCUGUGGUGCACUUAGACCGAGUUCUCCUUGCAUGAAAGAUGGUAAGUGCUCAAAAUUUUAUCCAAAAAGAUUCGUUGACCAAACGAGUUUUGAUGAAGAUGGGUAUCCAAUAUAUAGACGUCGUAAUAUGGGUGUGACGGUGAAAAUCAACGAUGUCGAUAUUGACAACAGAUUUGUUGUGCCAUAUAAUCCACUGUUGUUAAUGAAAUAUCAAGCUCACAUAAAUCUUGAGUUUUGUAACAAGUCAAAUGUCAUUAAGUAUCUUUUUAAGUAUGUUAAUAAGGGUUCGGAUCGGGUGACUGCAACUGUUGGAGAAAGAUAUGAUGUUGGUGAAUCUUCUCAGGUGGUUGAUGAGAUCAAACAGUAUUAUGAUUGUCGUUAUUUGUCACCUUCUGAAUCCAUGUGGAGAAUUUUUGCUUACGAUAUUCAUCAAAGAUGGCCGUCGGUACAGAGGUUGACUUUUCACUUGCCAAACCAGCAACAUGUUGUAUUCGAUGAUGCUGAUAGCACUACUCAUGUUUAUUUGCGCAACAGAGAUUUGCUUACGAUGUUUACAGGUUGGAUGAUGGCCAACAGGCGGUUCACAGAGGGGCGGUCUCUAACAUAUGUUGAAUAUCCAGGUAAAUUUGUAUACUGUUUGAAGAGCAGGGAGUGGAAACCAAGACAGAGGGGAUUCUCUAUUGGAAGAUUGAGUUUCGCUCAUCCCUCAUCCGGUGAACUUUUCUACAUGCGGAUGCUUUUGAAUGUGCAGAGAGGUUGUACCAGUUUUCGAAGUAUAAGAACUGUGAAUGGUGUUACUUAUGAUACAUUUCAAGAGGCAUGUUCUGCCAUGGGUUUCUUGAUAGAUGAUAACGAGUAUGUUUCUGCUAUUAAGGAAGUCGCCGAGUUAGCGUCAGCUGCACAGUUAAGGAGGCUUUUUGUGAUCUUGCUGCUAUCUGGUUCCAUGGGAAGACCUCUAUCAGUUUGGGAGCAAACUUGGGCUUAUUUGUCUGAUGAUAUUCUUUAUCGCAGAAGACAUGAGCUACAAUACCCUGAUCUAACUAUGAGUCAGGAUGAGUUACAAAUGUUUGGUUUGUUGGAGAUUGAGAAACUAUUGCAGAGUAAUGGAAAAUCAUUGAGAAAUUAUGCUGGUAUGCCGGUUCCUGAUAACUCUUUAGUCUCUCAAUUUAGCAAUUUGAUGCUACUGCGUGAGUUACAGUAUGAUACUGUUUCUUUGUCUCGGGAGCAUGAUGCAAAUAUAUUAAAGUUAAAUGAAGAACAGAGGGUGGUCUACGAUAAAAUUGUUAUUAAUGUUGCUUCUAGUGGUAUUGCUUCUCUGUUGUUACCGGGUGGUAAGACGGCACAUUCUAUGUUCAAUAUUCCUGUUGAGCUUACUGAAGACACUAUUUGCCGGAUUAAGAAGGAUAGCCCAAAGGCUGAGGUAUUUCGAAUUGCUGAUUUGAUUAUUUGGGAUGAGGCACCCAUGACUAACAAAUUAGCAUUUGAAGCGCUCGAUAGGACGUUGCGUGAUAUAAUGGUUUCGGUCUCUGAUAGGAAUAAAAAUUUACCUUUUGGUGGGAAGGUGGUUGUUCUUGGUGGUGAUUUUAGGCAUGUCUUGCCAGUUAUUCCAAAAGGUUCGCGUGCUGAGAUUGUUAUGGCUUCCAUAAAUUCUUCUGUUCUUUGGAAAUAUUGUGAGGUUUUGCAAUUGACAAAAAAUAUGAGGUUAGGAAUCGGGUCUGAACAAUCAACUGCUCAGGAGUUAAGGUUGUUUUCAGAUUGGAUACUUCAAAUCGGUGAAGGUCGAUGUGGAACAGUGGUUAACGAUAAACUUUUUGUUGAUAUUCCUUCUGAUCUAAUCAUUCCUGUCUUGGAAAAUCCAGUGGAAGAUAUUGUAAAUACAAUAUACCCGAAUUUGGUUCAAAAUUUUCGUGAUCCAAGUUUCUUCCAAGAUAGGGCAAUACUUGCUCCGAUUGUUGACAAUGUUGAAGAGAUAAAUAAUUAUAUAGUUGAUUUGUUGCCCGGUGAGGAGAAAAAUUAUCUCAGUGCUGAUUCGAUAUGUGGUAGUGAUGCCUAUUCUGAUGUUGAUGUUGAUUGGAUAACUGUUGAAUUCUUGAAUCAGAUUAGGUGUUCUGGUCUACCUAAUCAUUCGUUAAAGUUGAAAAUAGGCGUUCCUAUUAUUUUGUUGAGGAAUAUUGAUCCGGCCGGUGGUUUGUGUAAUGGGACUCGACUUGUCGUGCGAGAUCUAGGGACAAAUGUCAUUGGUGCAGAUAUUGUUUCUGGUAGCAAUGUUGGGGACAAAGUUUUUUAUCACCAGAAUGAGUAUGAUUCCUAG